ACCUACGUGUAUGUUAGUGCGGAAAACUGUGACAUUUCCAGAUUCUUUUAUAUCGUGUGCUCAUUAAACGGAAUAAUAUUCUAAAACAACGACGUCCGUUCUAUAUCGUUUCAUUAUAAUAAUAUUAAUAUUAUGACUGGUGCCGCGAGGAUGAUUCAAAUGCUGCCCUUGUGCGUUUUGCUCGUGCUCCAGUUAUUAUUCUACCGACUGACCACCGCUGAACCUGCUACCAACACGACUCUCGACGUCACUGGAGUUGAAUACAAUUUUUUUGACCACAACUAUCACUUGAUGGACGAAAAUAACUUGACGAUUUCAGGCAAUAAAUCGUUGAUUGUGUUUGUGCAUGGAUUUAGAUCAAGUCCCCGGACUGGCGUUGUAGCUGAUUUGGGAAAAUCGCUGGUGCAGUAUACGGACUCCAAUGUGGUUUUAGUCGAUUGGUCAAAGUGGACCCAGAAAUUGGAUUACGCGGAUGUGGUAUUACGAUUACCGGCAGUUGCUACCUAUCUGGUCGGCUGGUUGAACAGUUUGCGUGACCGCGGUAUCGUACAGAGCUUUGAAGAUGUCACAUUGAUCGGCCAUAGUUUGGGGGCUCAGUUGAUUGGUUACACGGGCCACAGGUUAAACGGGACAAUCAAGAGAGUUAUAGCUCUUGAUCCGGCACAGCCUAAUUUCAAAGACAGUCGGAAAAAUGAAAGAGUCGACGUAGACAGUGCUCAGUUCGUAAUGGUGUUGCACACGUCGACCAUGUUCUUGGGCUUGAGAGAGCCAGUGGGUCAUGUGGAUUUUUACUUCAAUGGUGGCCAAAUUCAGCCGUCGUGCAACUCCGAUACAGUUUGCGGUCAUGUAGUAGCUCUAAACUAUUUGGCGGAUUCGUUGAAAAAUUCAAGUGAAUUUAAGGCAUACCGGUGUCAUACGUUAAGCGAUUGCGAGAAAAAAAUCGUUGAUAACAAAGAACCAACUAUUAACAUGGACAUAUACAUGCCAAAUUCAACCAGAGGAUUGUAUUCCAUAAUACCAUGCAAAAAGGAUUUAAAAAUGUACUCACGUUUCUUUUUACAAUAAAGUAUAAAGACUUGGAGGAAACAUUUACUUUAUCAUCGCCCAAAGUAGGAACUGUAACAGAUUUUUACAUUAACAUAUAUUAUACUACUUGAAUGCAUAUAAUGAAUGCGAUGUUUUAUUUAGCACUUUAUUAUUAUUAUUGCACUUUGGAUACUCUGUUACUUAACACAAAAGAUUGUAUAAUGUUCCAAAUAUAUAUAAUAUUAUAUACAUAUUUUAUCACAUAAUAUUAAUUAAAUUUAAGUCAUAUUAUUCGUAUACGUUACACAGCACUUUGAUUUGUCUAUAUUUUAAUUUCUGAAAGUUAUUUAAUAUAUUAUAGUUAUCUCCUUAAUAAAUAAUGUAAAGAAUACAAAAAUAUGUUACAGUACACCUUAAAUAUUGAUAAUUAAAUAAAUAAAUAGAACAUCAUUUUAUUUAACAGUUUUAAAUAUCACGACAACAUCAUUGGUGGUUGUAUAAUAUUAGUAACAUAUGACAUAUAUUGGUUUAAAGAUAUUCAAUACAUUGUUAGUUAUUUUAACAUUUAUAAUAUUUAUAUUAGUUGCAAUAUGUACUAUAUAUACAUUUGGAUUGAUUUAAAUUUAAAUUUAAAUAGAAUAUAAAUAUUUUAAUUCUUCGUAAGAUUAAUCAUUAAUGAAACAAAACAAAUUAAGUUAAAAAUAUAUUUAAACGCCAUAAUGCGCCUACGCGUCGAUAAUUUUGUAUCUGAUAGCAAACACUUUCAUGUUAUAUGCUAUGCACAAUAAAAAAAAAACUAUUUCGCGCAGUUGUUAUUCUUAUUGAUCGUUAACUAUCUAUAUAUUCUAUACUAUACGAGCCAUUAAAAUUAAUUAUUGUUAACAUAUGGGGAAUUUAGACGUUGAGUAAUCCAAGUCUAAUGCUACACCGCUAUGUCAUAUUGCAAAACAUAAAUGUACGAUUUACACUUAUUAAAAACAAAUUGUCAUAAAAAAAAAAUAAAUAUUUUUAAAACUUUUGCGAAGCAUAUAUUGUUAAAUUUAUUUAUGACUUCGUUUUUUUUACGAUGGUCACAAAACCUAUAUUGUAGUAUUAAUUAUAUCCAAUUUAUAAUAUUUAUGUUUUAUACAUCACAUCAGAAAUCAUCGUACAAAAAAAAUUCACAAUCAUUUCGAUCUUUCACUAUUUUAUAAUCUUUCACUAAAAUCGUGUAAUAUAUCAACACAUUAAUAUAAUAUGAUUGUGGUUCAUGUAUAAUGCACCUGAAUUUUAUCCAUUAUACAAAGGGAUAUAUACGACUUUACAUUUCGUAAAAUAUUUGUAAAUGAAAUGGUAAUGGAUGGUGCUUAUUUACAUAAUUACUGUCAUAAUUAUAUACAAUCAUUGUUUUUAAUAAUUAUAAGCUUUUAUAAUAAAUAAUAACGGAAUUCGUAAAGAUUUAAUAAUUGUCUCUCUCUUUAUGUGUAUUAUUUAAGUAUAAAUAAUGUAAAUGUAUUAUUAAGUAAAAUCCAUUAUUCUCAUAAUAAUUUAAGUAUACAUUAUUACGCAAAAUACAUUUAUAUUUCAUUAAAUGUUUGUCUAGAUGAUGAAAUUGACAAUUGUAUCAAAAAGUUUUUAUUAUUAUAUCCAUUGAACUAAAAGUUAA